UUUGAAGGGGGUGUCUCUUAGGACUCUUCCUGCUGGCUGCUUCCUGGUUAUCAAGAGUUGAGCAGCUCCACUCCUCGUGUUGUUCCUGCCUUGGAGCCUGCGGACCUCGGACUGAAAUUGAUCUGAUCGAGGUUGGGAUGAGUCCUCUUCACUCAAACCAUCCCUGCAGGUUCGCCUGCCAGUUACUCUGCACCUGCUGUGAGUGCAAGGACCGAGUGGACACACACUGGCACUGCACUGUCUGCCAGGAGUACGACUUGUGUGUCUCCUGCUAUCACACUAAAAGCCAUGACCACCCAAUGGAGAAACUGGGCCUGGGCUUAGAUGAUGACAGCAGCAACCAGCAGGGUGCAGCCGCCCAAAGCCCAGAAGAAUCUCGCCGCCUGAGCAUCCAGCGAAACAUUCAAUACUUGAUCUUAGCCUGCCAAUGCCGCGAUGCCAACUGCCCGUUGCCUUCCUGUCAGAAGAUGAAGCGAGUUGUACACCAUACCAAGGGCUGCAAACGGAAGAGCACUGGCAGGUGCCCCGUCUGCAGGCAGCUCAUUGCUCUCUGCUGCUACCAUGCCAAGCGCUGCCAUGAGAACUUCUGCCCUGUUCCAUUCUGCUUCAACAUCAGGCAGAAGCUCCGCCAACAGCAGCUGCAGCCCCGGCAGGCCCAGGUGCUGCACAGGAGGAUGGCCAGCAUGUAGCCUGCCAGUGUGAUGGGGCAAAAAUAGAGCCAGCCCUCCCCAGCCCCUGCCACACCAACCACGUUGAAUGUGUGCUGCCAAAAACUCAGAAGAUGCCUGAGCUCACCCCUUCUGGAAAAGCCCUGGUGACCUUCCAACUCCUCCAUAGACUACUCAGCACUCUUGACUGGGCACCUACCUGCAGCAGUAGAAAUAGCAAUGCAGAUUCAGACAGCAGUGGAGACAGCCCCAGAUGGCCUAUGGAAGACCAAUACAAUCCUUGAUGUCCCAGAACUCCCAGCCCUCAGUGGACAUGAGCACAUCUGCCAUGUCUGGAGAUCCCAGUGGGCAUCUGGAGCCAGGAAUGGGGCCCCCAGCAAUGCAGCCCUCUGUGUCCAAAGAGCACUGCCUCAGGCCCAGCAUCGCCAAUCCAGGGUGCGAAGGCCAACCAUGACAUCAGUAGUUAAACAUGGGCAGCCCUUAAACAUGGCUUCACACCCAGGAUUGGGCCAGGUAGGUGUGAGCCCACUCACGCCACACACUGUGUCUCAACAAGCCUUACAAAACCUCCUUCGGACUCUCAGGUCUCCCACCUCUCCCCUGCAGCAGCAACAGGUGCUUAGUGUCCUUCACAUCAACCCCCAGCUGUUGGCUGCAAGAUCUAAGUAUGCCAUAGAACAACAGGAUCCAAGUAUGCCAAUUCUAAUCCAUGCCUCUCACUGGACAGCCUGGCAUGGCCCAGGGACAGCCAGGGCUGCAGCCACCAGCCAUGCCAGGUCAGCAGGGUGUCCACUCCAGUCCAGGCAUGCAGAACAUGAAUCCCAUGAAGGCGGGCAUGCAGAGGGCUGCCACGGCCCAGCAGCAGCCUCAGCAGCAACUCUAGCCACCCAUGGGAGGGAUGAGCCCCCAGGAACUCAUGUGUCCACAGCAGCGUGUCUUCCCAGUUCCAGGACAUGUUGAAACAACAGCAGAUGAUGCAAAAGCAACAGCAGCAGCAGCAGAUUCAGCAUCACAUGCAGCAGAUGCAACAAGGGAACUUGGGACAAAUAGGCCAGCCCCCCGCCCCCGGCCUUGGGAGCAGAGGUAGGAGCCAGUCUUCAGGCCUAUCAGGAGUGACUCCUCCAGCAGCAGACGGGGACCCCUCUCAGCCCAACCCCAUAAGCCCCCAGCAAUGCUCCCAAACCAGGCCCAGUCCCCACACCUCCCAGUUCUCUCUCCAAUUAAGUGUGCUGUCCCCAGCCUGUCCCUUCUCCAUGGUCACAGUCCCAGCCCCCCCACUCCAGCCCAUCCCCACAGACCUGGACUCAGCACAGAUAAUACACUUGAGUUCAGACCUCUGACACAGUGCACCACACAUACACUCAAGACAUCUUUUAAUAUUUGAGGAUCAAAAAUUAUUUUCCCUUGGGCCAGGGAUUUAGCUUAGUGGUUUCAUCGCCUGCUGCGCAAGCACAAGGACCCAAGUUCGAUCCCUGGUACCAAAAAAAAAAUUACAAAAAUUAUUUUCCCUUAAUAAGAGUUUUUGUACUGAAAACAAUUUUUUACAAUCUUUCUUAGCCUAAAAGGCUGUUUGCUUUAGAACACAAGAACUGUGAAGUAGCCAUUUGUGGUUUCAAGCAAACUUGCAAGAUGAGCCUGAGGGAUGGUAGAAGACUAAGAAUAUGUUUUUCCCCUGGCUGCUUCCCCAGCCUUCUUUCCCCAUGUGCGUGUGGUUCAAGUGUGCACUAGAGGAGGCUGAGGUCUGAAGCCCCCAUAGGCUCCUCCCUUGCAUCCCUACCAACUUUUCUUUUUAUUUUUAAAUUCAUGAAAAUAUGUAACAUUUCUCACUUACUAGUACAGGUAGUUGGCAUUUUUCUCUUUUCCUCACAUUAUAGAAGAGUAUAAAAAAUUUCCUGAAACCAAAGGACAAAAGGUGUUAAUAUGAUAUAAAAUUACAUUUCACAUAUUAAUAAGUGAAUUUUAAUAUUAAAUAUAUUAAAAUACCAUUUUCUCUCCAUUUGGUGCAAAGCUGUUCAUCCUUAUGAAAAUAUUUUUAAAAUUCCUUUUGUACCCAGAAGGUAAUUAUUGUGGUCCGACAUAUUUUCUGUUUUGUAAGUCUCACCAUAAAAUUACAAGUAUUAAAAAA